CACCCGUGUUUUGUACGUACAGUCGACCCAUCUAACAGUUAGCUCUGAGUCUGACUGGAGUGCAGUGUAAUCAGUGAUAAAAGGACAUCCAGUGCAGUGCUAAAGAUCCAUAAAAAUGUACGAGGAGGAACUACUGUACCUACGUAGCCGUGGCAUGGCCCCUCCAGGCACCCUCGGCAUCCACCCAUACCUUGGAGGAGGACUUCCAGCAAACCUCACAGACCAUCUCGAGAGAUACAGAUUAGGAUUCCAUGGCGGUGUCCCUAGCCAGACCCACUUGGCCCAUGGCUUCCCAGGGGAUUACCUCAAGCCCCAUGGACAGUGCGGAUUCCCCACCCCAGGGCUGCCAGGAGGAAAGCCCGACCCCCGCAUCAAAGCCCGUCUGGAGAAUGAAAAUCUCUGGGCGCAGUUCGAUAAGUUCGGCACCGAGAUGAUCAUCACAAAGCUCGGACGGCGUAUGUUCCCAACAGUGAAGAUGUCCGCCAGUGGUCUGGAGCCCAACACAAAAUACUUCGUGCUGAUGGACAUCGUCCCCGCAGACGACUCCCGCUACAAGUUCCAGGGUAAGGAGUGGGUCGUAGCUGGCAAGGCCGAACCCCACAUGCCAGGUCGCCUCUACAUCCACCCCGAUUCCCCUGCCUCAGGAGCUCAGUGGAUGCGUCACCCCAUCAGCUUCCAGAAGCUCAAGCUCACCAACAACAACCUGGACCAGCAGGGUCACAUCAUCCUCAACUCCAUGCACAAGUACCAGCCCAGGAUUCACAUCGUGGCGGCGCCCGACCUCGUUUCCCUCCACUGGGCCGCCUUCAACACCUUCGCCUUCCCCCAAACCUGCUUCAUGGCCGUCACCGCCUACCAGAACGAGCGCAUCACCCAGCUCAAGAUCGACAACAACCCCUUCGCGAAAGGCUUCCGCGAGAACGGCCAACUCCGCUCCAAGAAGCGGUCCGGCGGAGCUUCCCCGACCAGCGGAGAGCUCACUUCAUCGCCGGAGAAAACGACCAGCGAUAAUGACGAUGCAGUAUUGGACAAACGAGCACGCCUGAACAGCGUUGACAGUGGUGAUCUCGACGUCUCAGACCUCGACGACCGCCCAGCGUCCUCCAUGUCGGUGGAAAAAGAUCUUUCGGACGAGAAAGUCGACGUCGAGAGUCCCCCCACUCCGCCCCCGCCCUUCCUGCCGCCUCCACAGCUCAUCAAAUCCGAGGUGGAGGAGCCGCCACGUCCCUUGUGUCCCCUGAUGUCCGCGGCGUCCCUCAUGGCAGCAGCCGUAGCCGAGUCCCAAAAGCAGACCUCUAGUCCAGCCGACAUCCGACCCCCCGAGGCCAGCAUGCUGUCUCCAGCAGCCCCGCGCCCCUGCCUGCCCUCGCCCACCUACUCCACAGGUCUGCCCGGCGGCGUCCCAGCAGGUAUGCCCGGUGGUUCCUUGCCGUACCCAUACCUGUACUAUAGCCACAUGAUGUCGCCGUACCUGCUGAGCCGCGCACCCCACCUGCCGACGCCGACGCUUGACAAGACCGCCGUCGCCGCCACCAGAGACGCGUACAGCGGGUACUCUCCUUACUUGAGAUCGCCCGCGAGCCACCACUCGUCGCUGCCCACCACGCCCUCGAGACCAGCGCCCAUCCACCCUUACAGCUACGCCCUCCCGCCCCAGGUGCCUGCCAACCUUUAGAGGCCAGGCGUGCCCCUCUCCACUCACCAGUGCCAGUAGCGGGUCGCCCAAAGUCAGCCUUCGCCCCAUUCCCGACCCGCGGCGCGAGAGUGAUGCAAGUGUCACGCCCUUUGUCACGUGCGCAUGGUCAUCUUCACAGUCAUGCAGGCCUAGCGUCGGAUUAGGCCUUACAUGAGCACGCUGCUGUUGCCACACAGAGGUGCCAAAGAUUCCUUUGUACAAUUCAUGAACUAUUUAUUUUUUAUACUGUCAUGGUGCUUGUUGUACAUAAUGUAAUUAAGUUUAUAGUUGUUAUACUAGAAGACGGGUAAAGCAGGCGGCGUGGUCACGGCUCCACGGUUGUUGUUGUUAAUAAAGAAAAGUAAUUAUU